AUGACAGAUAAAACUAAAAAACCUAUUUGGCUUGAUUGUGAUCCUGGACAUGAUGAUGCACUUGCUAUUAUUCUAGCUGCAUAUCAUCCGUCACUUGAACUGAUUGGUAUUUCGACUGUUGUUGGAAAUCAAACACUUGAUCGAACAACACAAAAUGCAUAUAAAGUGGCGUAUAUCGCUGGUCUUCCAAGUCAUAUUCCAAUAAUACGAGGUUGUGGCGAAUCACUUUGUCGACAUGUUACUACAUGUCCAGAAAUUCAUGGUCAAACAGGUUUAGGUGGAGCUGAUGUUCCAGAACAUCCCGAAUAUAAAACUUUAACUAAACAACAGGAUGAAAAUUAUCUAUGGAAUAUCUAUCAAAAAAUCAUUAGCGUUGGACGACCCGUAACAUUAAUAGCUACUGGCCAAUUAACAAAUGUAGCUUUAUUAUUAAAAGUUUUUCCUCAGAUAAAAGAUUCAUUAUUAGAAAUCGUUCUAAUGGGUGGUUGUAUUGGCAUUGGAAAUAUUACACCUGGUUCAGAAUUUAAUAUUAUGAAUGAUCCUGAUGCAGCUCAUAUUGUUUUUACAUCUCCACAUGUCCCACGUCUUGUUAUGGUACCAUUAGAAUUAACACAUACUGUUUGUGUUACACCAGAAAUUAGUGAACGAUUACGUUCAUUGGACUCUCCAUUCUCAUCAAUGCUCAAUCAUUUACUUCAAUUUUUUGUUUCAACUUAUAAACAAGUCUUUCAAUUUGAUUCACCACCAUUGCAUGAUCCAUGUGCAAUAGCUUAUGUUGCUGAUAGAGAUUUAUUUGAAGAAAAAGUGAUGCAUGUAGAUAUCGAACGAACAAGUGAAUUUUGCCAAGGAAGAACUGUUUGCGAUCUAUACGACAUGCAUCGAAAAGAGAAAAAUUGUGUUGUUGCAAUGAAAAUUAAAGUUGAAGAAUUCUGGAAUACUAUGUUAAAUGCUAUUGAAUUAGCAGAUAAGAAUAGUCCACUGAAUAAAACAAAAUAA